GUGAGCAAGUAGGUCAGGUUGGCUUGUGUGCAUAUUUAUGCUGCAUUUUUUAAAUUGUGUGUGUGUGUGUGUUUCAGGAGGACUGGGUCAGUUCAUUGUGACUUAUAACAAAACCAGUAUCUUUGCCUUGAAGGGGUCAUCAGUGGACCUCCCCUGCUCUUACACAUAUCCCAGUGGGUAUACAGUCACAACAACACAAUGGCAUAAUUGGAAGUAUAGGCAAUAUAAUAAUGAAAUAAAGCACAGAUCAGAGUAUUCAGGUCGUGUUGAGUACUGUGGGAAUAAGAUCAAUGACUGCACCCUGAGAAUCAGAAACCUGAGAGAGAAUGACUCAGGAGAGUAUCGCUUCAGAUAUGAAACCAUCACCCAAUACACAUGGAGCUACAUUUGGACACCUGCCUCAGGUGGAGUCACUCUGUCUGUGACAGACCUGAAGGUGUGGUUGACAUCUACCAUGGUGACAGAGGGAUCACCGGUGACACUGACCUGCAGAACCAUCUCCCCUCUGAGUGACAACCUCGCCUACACCUGGUACAAGAACAAACAAUAUCUACAGUACAACUCUUCCCCUUGGUACAUAUAUUCAGUCAGCAGUGAGGAUGCAGGCAGCUACUCCUGUGCUGUUAAAGGUCAUGAGGAUCUCCACUCUCCUGAAGUGACUCUAACUGUCAGAUACAAACCAAAGAGCAUCUCAGUGUCAAUCGGUCCCUCUGGUGAAAUAGUGGAGGGCAGUUCAGUUAUUCUGACCUGCAGCAGUGAUGCCAACCCACCAGUUCAGAAAUACACCUGGUACAAGAGGAACAUUACGACACCAAAAGCACCAGGACAGAUAUAUAACAUCUCCUACAUCAGGUUGGAGGACAGUGGAGAGUACUACUGUGAGGCAGGCAACAAGUAUGGACUUAUCAACUCUUCCUCCGUGUUUGUAAAUGUUCAGUAUAGACCAAAGAACACCUCAGUGUCAGUCAGUCCCUCUGGUGAAAUAGUGGAGCGCAGUUCAGUGAAUUUGACCUGCAACAGUGAUCCCAUCAUUUGUUUGCUCUAGAG